UGAAGAGUAUACUUAGCAUACACAUGUUAGGCAUUAAAAAGCAUUAUGAUAAAAAGUAAAACAUUUUCAGAUUAAAGAAAUGAAACAACUACUUCUAAUAUUUAUAUUAUCCCAUGUUCAAGCAAAAAUAUUCUCAGGAAAACAGGCAGAAGAAGCAUGUGGUCUUUCUGAUGCAACAGUUCAUGAAGGGCAUAAUUUUCAAAACAUGAAAAUCUCAGGUAAAGGCGUGGAAAUGAAGUACACCCAUUUGAAAAAUGAUGAGGUUCAAUCAAACCGCACUUGGCCAUGGCAAGUAAUUAUUUUAAGUAAUGAGAAAGUUAAAUGCAAUGGAUUAUUAAUAAAGUCUAAUUGGAUUCUGGUCACUGCAUCUUGCAUAUUCAAUGAAGAGCAUCUUCAAGUGAUGAUUAAUGGAAGAAUCUUUGAAGCCAAACAAAAAUUCAUUCACAGUGAUUUCCAACAACAAGAAGUUAAUCAAAUGGCAAACGAUAUUGCACUUAUUCAAUUAAAAACUAAAGUAACAAGUGAAACUGGAGGCGAUGAAACAUUACCAAUCUGCCUUCCCCUGUCGAAAAACCAACUAAAACAAACCAAUGAAUGUGCUGUUACUCACAUAAGUGGUGAUAUAUCUGAUUUAAAAUCAUAUGAUGGUUCAGCUAGAAAUUUAGAUAGAAAAGAUUGUAAAAAAAACUCAGAGGAAAUUUAUGGCUCUAAAGCAGAACUAAUGUGUGUUGCUACACGACCUGAGAUGAAAAAAUUAUGCAAUGGCCGCACAAUAAUGUACUUCAUAUGUAAAGCAACUGGUUCAUGGUCUGUUUAUGGUUUUAACAAAUUUUGCAGUAAAGCCACAGACUACUCUAAAUCUAUUAAUAGAGCAUAUUACUUAGAUUUGAUACAUUAUAAAAUUUGGAUUGAAACAAUAAUAAAUGAAAAAACAAUUAAAAGUUUUUGAAAUAUGUUGCCAUAUUAAAA